UCAGCCACCUAUAAUCAUGACUUCAGAUGCUGAAAUGGCUGUAUUUGGAGAGGCAGCUCCCUUUCUCCGGAAACCGGAAAAGGAGAGGAUUGAGGCCCAGAAUCGUCCAUUUGAUGCAAAAAUAUCCACCUUUGUAGUGGAUGAAAAAGAAAUGUAUGUCAAAGGCAUAAUCCAGAGUCGAGAGGCUGGCAAAGUCACUGUCAAAACUCUAGAUGACCGUACUGUAACAGUUAAGGACGAUGAAGUCUUUCCAAUGAAUCCUCCAAAAUUUGAUAAAAUUGAGGACAUGGUUAUGAUGACCCAUCUCCAUGAACCUGCUGUCCUGUAUAACCUCAAAGAGCGUUAUGCAUCUUGGAUGAUCUAUACUUACUCUGGCCUCUUCUGUGUCACUGUCAAUCCUUACAAAUGGUUGCCGGUAUAUAAUCCAGAAGUAGUGUCUGGCUAUCGGGGUAAAAAACGCCAAGAGGCCCCUCCGCAUAUCUUUUCAAUCUCUGACAAUGCUUAUCAGUUCAUGUUAACUGACCGUGAAAAUCAGUCAGUCCUGAUCACUGGAGAAUCUGGUGCAGGAAAGACUGUAAACACCAAGCGUGUCAUUCAGUAUUUUGCAACAAUUGCAGUUGCUGGAGACAAGAAGAAAGAAGCACAGCCUAGCAAAAUGCAGGGGACCCUGGAAGAUCAAAUCAUCCAGGCCAACCCUCUGCUGGAAGCCUUUGGUAAUGCCAAGACUGUGAGAAAUGACAACUCUUCACGUUUUGGUAAAUUCAUCAGAAUUCAUUUUGGGACCACGGGAAAGUUAGCUUCUGCAGACAUUGAAACCUAUCUUCUUGAAAAAUCCAGGGUAACAUUUCAGCUUUCAGCUGAAAGAAGCUACCAUAUAUUUUAUCAGAUAAUGUCAAAUAAGAAACCAGAGUUGAUCGACUUGCUGCUGAUUUCUACUAAUCCCUAUGACUUCCCAUUUGUGAGUCAAGGAGAGCUCACUGUGGCUAGCAUAGAUGAUUCAGAGGAGCUGUUAGCAACUGACAGUGCUAUUGACAUCUUGGGUUUCAGUGCAGAGGAGAAAGUAGGGAUUUACAAACUGACAGGAGCAGUAAUGCAUUAUGGGAACCUGAAAUUCAAGCAGAAGCAGCGGGAGGAGCAGGCAGAGCCAGAUGGCACUGAAGUGGCUGACAAGGCAGGGUACCUGAUGGGGUUAAACUCUGCAGAUUUGCUCAAAGGCUUGUGUUACCCAAGAGUGAAAGUUGGAAAUGAGUAUGUGACUAAAGGACAAAAUGUUCAGCAGGUGUACAAUUCUGUAGGCGCACUUGCAAAAUCUGUUUAUGAAAAGAUGUUUCUAUGGAUGGUGACUCGCAUCAACCAGCAACUGGACACGAAGCAGCCAAGGCAACACUUCAUAGGGGUGCUGGACAUUGCUGGCUUUGAGAUUUUUGACUAUAACAGUUUAGAGCAGCUGUGUAUCAAUUUCACUAAUGAGAAGCUGCAACAGUUUUUCAACCACCACAUGUUUGUGCUGGAGCAAGAGGAAUACAAGAAAGAAGGUAUUGAUUGGGAGUUCAUUGAUUUUGGAAUGGACCUGGCUGCCUGCAUUGAACUCAUUGAGAAGCCCAUGGGCAUUUUCUCCAUCCUGGAAGAAGAGUGCAUGUUUCCCAAGGCAACAGACACUUCUUUCAAGAACAAGCUCUAUGACCAGCAUCUUGGCAAGAGCAACAACUUCCAGAAACCCAAGCCUGUCAAAGGCAAGGCUGAGGCUCAUUUCUCCCUGGUGCACUAUGCCGGCACUGUGGACUACAACAUCACUGGCUGGUUGGAUAAGAACAAGGACCCCCUUAAUGAAAGUGUUGUGGCGCUGUAUCAAAAAUCAUCGCUUAAAUUGUUGUCCUUCCUUUAUUCCAACUAUGCUGCCACAGAAGCAGGUGAAGGUGGCGGCAGCAAGAAAGGCGGCAAGAAGAAGGGAGGUUCCUUCCAGACAGUGUCUGCUGUCUUCAGGGAGAAUUUAAACAAACUGAUGACCAAUCUGAGAAGCACUCAUCCUCAUUUUGUGCGUUGCUUAAUCCCUAAUGAAACAAAGACACCUGGUAUAAUGGACCAUCACUUGGUGAUGCACCAGCUGCGAUGCAAUGGGGUGUUGGAAGGUAUUCGGAUCUGUAGGAAAGGCUUCCCCAGCAGAAUCCUCUAUGCUGACUUUAAGCAACGUUAUAAAAUUCUAAAUGCUUCUGCGAUCCCUGAAGGCCAGUUUAUUGACAGCAAGAAGGCUUCUGAGAAACUUCUCUCAUCUAUUGAUGUUGAUCACAAUCAAUACAGAUUUGGCCAUACUAAGGUAUUCUUCAAGGCUGGACUCCUGGGGCUUCUGGAAGAAAUGAGAGAUGAAAAGUUGGUAGCCCUCAUCACCCACACACAGGCCAUGUGUAGAGGAUUCCUUAUGAGGGUUGAAUUUCAGAAGAUGAAUGCAAGAAGAGAAUCCAUUUACGUAAUCCAAUACAAUGUUCGUUCAUUUAUGAAUGUUAAGCACUGGCCCUGGAUGAAGCUGUAUUUCAAGAUCAAGCCUUUGCUGAGGAGUGCUGAAUCAGAGAAAGAGAUGGCCAACAUGAAAGAGGAAUUCGAGAAAACUAAAGAAGAUCUAGCAAAGUCUGAAGCAAAACGAAAAGAACUUGAGGAAAAAAUGGUGACACUCGUGCAAGAGAAGAAUGACCUUCAGCUUCAGGUUCAGUCUGAAACUGAAAGUCUAGCAGAUGCUGAGGAAAGAUGUGAGGGUCUCAUCAAAAGCAAGAUUCAGCUCGAAGCUAAAAUAAAAGAACUGACUGAAAGAUUGGAGGAUGAGGAGGAGAUGAAUGCUGAACUGACUGCAAAAAAGCGAAAACUUGAAGAUGAGUGUUCAGAGCUGAAAAAAGACAUUGAUGAUUUAGAGCUAACACUGGCCAAAGUAGAGAAGGAGAAGCAUGCAACAGAAAACAAGGUUAAAAAUCUUACAGAAGAAAUGGCAGCUUUAGAUGAAAGCAUAUCCAAACUCUCCAAAGAGAAGAAAUCUCUCCAAGAGGCCCAUCAGCAGACCUUAGAUGAUCUCCAGGCUGAGGAAGACAAAGUCAACACUCUUUCCAAAACAAAAUCUAAGCUUGAACAGCAAGUGGAUGAUCUUGAAGGCUCCCUGGAGCAAGAGAAAAAGCUUCGCAUGGAUCUUGAAAGAGCCAAGAGGAAGCUGGAAGGAGAUUUGAAGAUGUCUCAAGAAUCAGUCAUGGAUCUGGAGAAUGACAAGCAGCAAAUGGAUGAUAAACUGAAGAAGAAAGAGUUUGAAAUUGGUCAGCUACAAGGAAAAAUAGAGGAUGAACAGGCUCAAAGCUCUCAGCUACAGAAAAAGAUCAAGGAGUUACAGGCCCGUAUGGAAGAACUGGAGGAAGAGAUUGAGGCUGAGCGGGCAUCUCGGGCCAAAGCAGAGAAGCAACGGUCUGAUCUCUCCAGGGAACUUGAAGAGAUCAGUGAGCGUCUGGAGGAAGCUGGAGGGGCAACAUCAGCCCAGAUUGAAAUGAACAAGAAACGUGAGGCAGAAUUCCAGAAAAUGCGCCGGGAUCUUGAAGAGGCUACCCUAAAUCAUGAAGCAACAACAGCAGCCCUUCGCAAGAAGCAUGCAGACAGUGUAGCUGAACUUGGAGAGCAAAUUGAUAACUUGCAGCGUGUCAAGCAAAAACUGGAGAAGGAAAAGAGUGAGCUGAAGAUGGAGAUUGAUGACCUUGCUAGCAAUAUGGAGUCUGUCUCCAAGGCCAAGAGUAAUCUGGAAAAGAUGUGUCGAACCCUUGAAGACCAAUUCAAUGAAAUCAAGACAAAAGAUGAAGAGCAUGUGAGACUAAUUAAUGAUUUGAACGCACAUAAAGCACGGCUGAACACUGAAAAUGGUGAAUUUUCUCGACAACUUGAAGAAAAAGAAUCUUUGAUUUCUCAGUUGAUCAGAGGCAAACAAGCAUUCACUCAGCAGACAGAGGAGCUCAAGAGGCAAUUGGAGGAAGAAAACAAGGCAAAGAAUGCUCUAGCCCAUGCCUUGCAAUCCGCCCGCCAUGACUGUGACUUGCUCCGGGAGCAGUUUGAAGAGGAGCAAGAAGCCAAGGGUGAGCUCCAACGUGCCAUGUCCAAGGCAAACAGUGAAGUAGCCCAGUGGAGAACCAAGUAUGAAACAGAUGCCAUUCAACGGACCGAGGAAUUAGAAGAAGCCAAGAAGAAACUAGCUCAGCGUCUUCAAGAAUCUGAAGAACAGACUGAAGCAGUCAACUCUAAAUGUGCUUCUCUAGAGAAGACCAAGCAAAGACUACAAGGAGAAGUUGAUGACCUCAUGAUUGAUGUGGAGAGGUCUAAUGCUGCCUGUGCAGCCCUGGACAAAAGGCAGAGGAACUUUGAUAAGGUACUCGCAGAAUGGAAGCAGAAGUAUCAGGAGUGUCAGGCUGAACUGGAGUCCUCCCAGAAGGAGUCACGAUCCCUGAGUACUGAAAUCUUCAAAAUGAAGAAUGCGUAUGAGGAGGUGCUCGACCAGCUUGAGACGGUCAGGCGAGAGAAUAAAAACUUGCAACAGGAAAUUUCUGACCUGACUGAGCAGAUAGCUGAAGCUGGCAAAAGCAGCCAUGAAUUAGAGAAAGCCAAGAAGCAUGUUGAACAGGAGAGGUCAGACCUCCAGGCUGCUUUGGAGGAAGCAGAGGGCUCCUUGGAACAUGAAGAGGGGAAAAUCCUGCGUGUCCAGUUGGAACUGAACCAACUAAAGUCUGAAAUUGAUAGGAAGGUUGCAGAGAAGGAUGAGGAAAUUGAACAACUGAAGAGAAAUCACCAGAGAAUGAUGGAUACUAUGCAGAGUACGCUGGAUUCUGAAGUCAGAAGCAGGAAUGAUGCCCUGCGAAUUAAGAAAAAAAUGGAAGGCGAUCUGAAUGAAAUGGAAAUCCAGCUGAGCCAUGCCAACCGCCAAGCAGCAGAGACACAAAAACACUUAAGGAAUGUCCAAGGACAACUGAAGGAUUCCCAGCUUCAUCUGGAUGAUGCGCUGCGAGGCAAUGAAGACUUAAAGGAGCAGCUAGCGCUUGUAGAGCGCAGGAACACCCUAAUGACGACUGAGCUGGAGGAGAUGAGAAUGGCUCUGGAACAGACUGAACGGGCUCGCAAAGUAUGUGAGCAAGAGCUGACAGAUGCCAGUGAGCGUGUGCAACUCCUGCACUCCCAGAACACCAGCCUUCUCAAUACAAAAAAGAAGUUGGAGACAGACCUAGCUCAAUUCCAGGGGGAGAUUGAUGAUGCCAUCCAGGAGGCACGAAAUGCUGAAGAGAAAGCCAAAAAGGCGAUUACAGAUGCAGCCAUGAUGGCAGAGGAAUUGAAGAAGGAGCAAGACACCAGUGCCCACCUGGAGAGGAUGAAGAAGAACCUGGAGCAGACUGUGAAGGAUUUGCAGCACCGUCUGGAUGAAGCAGAACAGCUGGCACUGCGAGGUGGCAAGAAGCAACUGCAGAAGCUGGAGGCCAGGGUGCGUGAGUUAGAAAAUGAGCUUGAUGCUGAACAAAAGCGAGGAGCUGAGGCCAUCAAAGGAGUGAGAAAAUAUGAGCGGAGAGUGAAAGAAAUAACUUACCAGGCUGAAGAGGAUAAGAAGAAUGUUUUCAGACUCCAAGACCUGGUAGACAAGCUCCAGCUGAAGGUGAAAGCGUAUAAGAGACAGGCUGAGGAGGCUGAGGAACUGGCCAAUUCCAACUUGUCCAGGUGCAGGAAAGCUCAGCAUGAGCUAGAAGAGGCUGAAGAGCGAGCAGAUAUUGCUGAAUCACAGGUCAACAAGCUGAGGGCCAAAAGCCGUGACAUUGGUGGGAAGAAAUCUGAAGAAUGAGCUCUGCCUUGCUCCAGCUACAGUGAUUUCACACAAUGUGGAGUUCUUCACUGGCAAUGUACAUGUACAUGAUCUGAUCAGAAUAAAAUACAUUUGUGCAACUCA